AUGAGAUAGCAAAUUUCUACGCCCGCCUACGGAGUGGGAUACAAGACUCCAUUCUCCCUGACUUAGCAAGGAGCAGUUAAAGUGAUCUCUCAACCCUCGUUUUAAAAUUAGGUUUAACCUAUGGCUUAAUAAUAAUUUCAAUAACAAUAAUAAGGAUACCCGUAGCAAUUCAAUAGAUAAAUAUAUCCAAUAAAUGGGAAUGCAAAUGUGAAUAGAGGAACUUGGGAGUAAUAAGGAGCAGCUCAAAGAUUUCAGACAAGUCAGGGUAAUGGGCCUGUUUAGAGUCCAUUGUAAGUGGUGGAUUUGUAGUAAGUGGAAGAACCUUGGAGGGUAAAGGUGCAAGAAUUGUAGAAUAGAAUAAAGGAAUUAGAAGCUUAGUAAUAAAAUAAAUAAGAUAAUGAGGAUGAGGAAAGUGAAUUAUCUUAAGCAUAUAGUUAAAUUUAAUAGUUAGUUAACACAAUAAAAAUUUUAUAGGAUGAGAUUUAAUAAUUGUAGGAGAAACUUGAACAGAAAUAAAAUGUCAUAGAUGGAUACGAUAGACAGAUACAGGAUAAGGAUAAAGAAAUUGAAGAGGCAAAUCAAUACAUUUAAGAAUUACAUGGGCAACUGGAAGAGUAAACGACAAAUGUUGAAGAGAAGCACAAAUAUUUGUUCGAUGAGGUAAACACGUGGAAAAAGAAGUUUAUAGAAUAAAAUAAAGAGUUCCAUCAGAAGUAGGAGGAGUUGAUGAUUCUAUAAGCUGAGUUGGAUAAUCUUAAGAAUGCUCAAAUAAUAAUAGGUAAAUCGAGUGAUUACAAGCAAUAAAAAUGA